AGGAUCUUCAGGUUGAAACUUCUUCGUUAUGAACCCAUUCCAAGGAGUCGGUAGCUCAUAGGAUGUGUAACGGACACUAGCCAUGAGUAUGGCUCUUCUGUUUGGAGCUUUGGGGGCCUUAGCCUUCAUUACUAGAACCGGAUGCACAGACAAUACAAAUGGUCUGGGUCAAGAUGGUGUACCAGAGAUAGAGUAUAGCGACAUUGACCUUGGGCUGACGCAGAGAGGCCCUUACUUUGACGUCCCCUACUCGAAGAACGUCACUGCCCUCGUGGGAAAGACUGCACAACUCAAUUGUAGGGUUCAUAACCUUGGAAAUAGAACAGUAUCAUGGAUCAGACAUCGGGACAUUCAUCUACUGACUUCUGGGAGGAUGACGUACACCUCAGACCAGAGAUUCAUCAGUGUUCAUAACCCACAUACAGAGGACUGGAUCCUUAAGAUAAGGUUUCCGCAACGAAGAGACUCUGGUAUCUACGAGUGCCAGGUCGGAACCACGCCACCUAUCGGACAUCGGAUGUACCUAUCUGUUGUUGAACCGCUAACAACAAUACUGAAUGGACCAGAGCUGUUUAUCAACACUGAGAGCACCAUUAACCUCACAUGCGUUGUACAACACUCGCCGGAACCACCUCCAGCUAUUCGGUGGACACACAAUGACGAGGAAAUCAACUACGAUUCACCCCGCGGUGGUGUCUCCGUAAUAACGGAGAAGGGCGAAAUGACAACUUCACACCUUUUGGUGCAGAAGGCUCGGGGUACGGAUUCCGGAAGGUACACCUGUGCGCCAGCAAACGCCAACCCCAGAUCAGUUCUCGUCCAUGUUCUUAGUGGAGAACACCCAGCCGCAAUGCAACACGGAGGCCAGUUGCGUCUGCAGUAUCCGCUUCCUGCAGCCCUUCUCAGCGUGAUUGUUGCCCUCAUGGGUUGCUAGUAGUAGACUUCUAGAAUAAGGAAUUAGUACUACUUAGAGUCGUCUAUUAUUAUGCAUAAAAACAAAACACGGCUACGAAAUUAAUGUCAAUAAGUAAGGGCAGGGUAAGAAUUUGACCAUUCAUCGAAUCUAUGGCAACCUUAUUAAAGGCACAUUAUAAUACGAUAAACAAUUCGUUUUGUUACCAUGAUAAUAUUAUCAUAUGAUAACAAUGGUAGCCAUGGUAAUAAAUACUAAACUAAAGUACUAAGGACAACUUUAGUCCGGGUUUUAUAAUAAGGUUGAUCCGCCACUUCUAAUAAACGACUCUAAGGCCUGUAGACUCCAUAAAUAGUAAGAUUUGUAAUUACAAUCAAUGUUUUAGUAAAUGGAACAAAUAACGUUGUGAAUAUUCGAUCUGUAAUUUACAGUUAAAAGUUUGUCGAUUAUUUCAUAUAAUAUCUAAUUUUAAUAUACAUUGUAAGUUUAUCGUAGAUAUUUUGUUGAAACAUACUGUAAUAUAAUAAAUAAUUUAAAAUAUGUAUUAAAUUAAUAA